AUGUUUUAGCAGAAUGACUAUCCGACGGAGAACAUUUCACUACUUAAUUAAAUUUUUUAGGAUUUGAAAUAAUAAGAUUUAAUCUAGCAGAGAGAGGAUCAAUCAUAAAAGAAAUAAUUUCUCUCAGUAAUAAAUAAAUUGGUUGUGCAAUUUUAAGAAGAAAAGGAAUUUAAAGUUGAUUAAUUUAAAACUGCACUAGAAAUAAUGAUCGUCUUAUUGAAAAACGAUUUCAAAAAAUCAAGCAAGAAUAUUGAGAUAAAAGCUUGGAAUAAUUACGCUAAGUAAAUUUAAAAAUAUUUUUAAGGAAGUUUAUCAAAGAAUUUGAUAUUGUGAGACUCUAUUUAUCAAUCCUUUCGUUUUUGGAUCAUGAUUAGGAGUAGAUUGAAGAUCAAAUUAACAUAAUAGUUGAAAUAUUCAAAUAUUAUUCAAGUGACCAAGAACUCUAUUCAUUGAUGAUUGACUUAAUCUAUGAUUGGAGCUUCCAAAAGUAAAAAAUAAAUUCACUAGAUUAGUUUUUAGGAGUCCAUAAUGGCUACUCCUCAUAGAAAAUUUAUGUUAAAUAAUUAUUGAAAAUAAUUAAAACCUUCCAAUUAAUAUAAGAGCCCUCAGAAUGUUAAAUUCGCUUUUUCUCCAAAAUUCAAAUUUUAAAAUAAUUGAAAAAUAUGGAAUUUUAAGUAUUUUCAUAAUUUUUAUAAGAUCAAUUAUAAAACAUAGUGUAUCUUUAUAUAGAUAAUUCAACUUUAUGUGUAGAGGUGACAAGGUUGUUUUCCAUCCUGGUUUUUAGAUAUACUUAAGAAUUUCUGCAAAUUUUUGUAAAAUUUAAUUUCAUAAUUUCUAUUUUCAUUUAACAUUUAGAUAAUGAUUAGAUAGUUUUACAUACUAUUAGAAUAUUAGGAUGCUUUUUAAAAGCGGAAGCUUUUAUAUCAGGAUUUAUGAAUAUGGAAAUCUUAAGAUUAUUUACAGAAUGGAGUUAAAAAAUUGGGAACUAGAACUUAAAUUUAAGUCAACUAAAAAAAACUUCAAUUAUAAUGUUAUUAAUUAUUGAACUAUUAAUCGAGGAAAAUAAAUUAUCACAGCAAGCAAUAGAAGAAUAUUUAAUACAAUUUUGUACAAAUAUCAUUGAUCAUCUAACUGUUGAUUUGCAAAUUUGUACAAAAGUUUAUUAAAUAAUAAGCAAAUUUACAAUAAAUAAAAAAAUCAAUAAUUAAAUAUUUGAUUGUAAGACAUUUAAAUGCAUUACAAAUUCUUAUAUUGUGUAAAAGUAUGAAAAAUAAUUUUAAUUAACUGUUCUUUAAUUUUUCAAUUCAUUGAUCUUAAGUGAUAUUGAAAAAAUUGAUUUAAUUAUUUCAUCAACUAUUUCAUAAUAGUUACUUAUGUCCAUUUAAAAUUAAUUUGAUUAUGAUUCAUAUUAAGAAAUAGAUGGAAAAAUAACCUUAGAGAUACUUCGUUAUAUAUAAUUGGUGAGUUAAGAUAGUAUUAAAUGCUCAGUCGUUUGGAGUACUGAUAGUAUUUAAAAGUUGUUUUACUAAAUUUAGCAGAGUACACUUAGAAAGGAUGUAAGACUGAUCGAAUUAUUUUUAAAUAUAUUAUCCAUAUAUAGUUAGCUUGAAAUAACUGAAGAUUUUAUAAUAACAAAUACAAAUACUUUAUUAAAAAUUAUAGAAGACAACAUUCUAAGUUAUGAAAUAUGUGAUGACUUUGCGGUAUUGUGUUAUGUAUAAUUUAGAAUAUCUUGUAAAAUCUUAUAAACAGCUAACAUAAUAAUAUCCAUUUGCUUAUUGAUUAAUUUGUUCCAUUGAGUCUAAUAAUAAUAAAAAACCAACCAGAACAAUAAACUUUAGUCUUACGAUUUUUUGAUAUUUAUGAAUAAAUCUCAAAAAUUGAUUUAUAAUCAAGAUUAAGGAUCCAAGAUUUAUGCUCAAUAGUAAUGUAAGAAUUUGAGCAAUAAAAAUUUAUUCAGUAAACAAUAAUUAACUAAAAAGUCCUUAUCUCAAUACAUUGAAUGAAUAUAUAGGUCGCUGCUCUUUUUCUUAUUAGAAUUUGCUAACGAAAGAAGCAAGAGAUUAUUUGGUCAAUGGUAUUCAUUGUAAACUGUAAUUAUAAUAUGAAUGGUAGAUAUAAAGAUGAUGGAUCUGUAUCGAGUUUACUUGUAUUUAUUACUCCAGACUUAGCAUCUAUCUGGUGUAAACAUCAUGGUGAUUCAAACACUAAAUAGAAAUGGAGACUUGCAACAAAACAUGUAAUUUCGAUAAAAGAUUAUUUAAAUGAUGUAGAGGGAUGGAGGUUAUCACCUUUUAAGAAAUUUGGAAAAAAAAGUAAAUAUUUAAAUAUAAUAAGAAAUCGAUAUAAAUAGCUGUUUUACAAUUACAGGUAACAUCAUUUUAAACAAAUAAAUUUAAUUGUAAAACUUCCAUAUCUGUGCACCAACAGCUUUAGAUAAAUACAAGAUGUUUGAAUAUUUAAGGGCACUUGUUUAAAUUAAUUGAA